AGUUCCCUCCCAGUCCCGCCCGGGGGCGAGGCCAAAACUCCCCGGUUCCAUCCCGAUCCCGGUCCCGGUCCCGAUCCCGGUCCGAUCCCGAUCCCGGUUCGAUCCGGUCCGGUCCGCUCCGGGGUGAGGAGGAUGAAGAGGAUCGCGAUUUUCGGGGCCACCGGCAGAACCGGGCGGGUCACGCUGGGGCUGGCGCUGGAGCAGGGCCCCACCACGGUCAUGUCCGACGCCACCAAAACCAUCGUGGAGGCCAUGGCUGAGCACGGCGUGCCCAAGGUGGUGGUGUGUCUGUCCGCGUUCCUGCUGUGGGAGCCCGAGCGCGUUCCCGAGCGGCUGCGGGCGCUGACCGAGGAUCAUUCCCGCAUGGAGCGGAUCCUGCGGCAGUCGGGGCUGCGCUGCGUCUACGUCAUGCCCCCGCACAUCGCCGUGGAGCAGCCGCUCACCGGGGAUUACGAGGUGUCGGUGGGCGUGGCCGGCGGGCCGGGAUCCUCCCGGCAGAUCUCGGCGCUGGAUCUCGGGCACUUCAUGCUCCGCUGCCUCCGGAGCGACGAGUUCGACGGGAAGAGCGUCUACGUCAGCCGCCACUACCCCAAGGAGUAGGGAUCCACCCCCGGGAUCCACCGGGAUCCACCCCCGGGAUCCACCCCCGGGGCUUGGGGGAUUCCUCGGGAUCGAGUUCCCGGGACGAUCCCAGGGGCUGGGGGAUCCUUUUGGGAUUCACGUCCUGGGAUCCUCUCGGGAUCAUCCCAGGGGCCGGGGAUCCCUCUGGGAUCAUUCCAGGAAUUUGGGGAUUCCUUUGGGAUUCGCGUCCCGGGAUGAUCCCAGGGAUUGGGGGAUCCCCCCCUCCCCCCAUUCCCAAGGAGAUUAAACCCGUGCUUUUCCCAG